CGCACCAUCAGGAGGCAGCUUUAUAACGCACGUCCGGUUCAUUCUACAAUUUUGAUUUCUGUGAAUGGCAGUUCGGCAAAUCCUGAGUGUUUGAAACUAAGGAAUACAUCAUGAGCGACUUCCCCGGCCUGAGAUGUCCAACACCACACGAGGUGUUCACGGAGCAGAUCAGAGAGCGGCAGCGAGCGAUUCACGAACACAGAGUGCAACUGGAGGAAGCCCAGAGGCAGAGGCAGCUUAUCGAGCAAGAGACAAAUCAGUGCACCAGAGAAACUGAGCGGAGGGCCGAGUUGAUGAUGGAUAAAAUCGGAGUCGUUGAUUUGUUACAGCAGCUGAGUCAUAUGCUGCAAGAGGAAAGGGAUCUUUCUGAACAACUGAAUGUUCUACCUUUUGACGACAGAAAUCAAAAGAGCGAUUUAGAGGAAAGAAGUGAGCGUCUUGAGAACAAGGCGAAGGGUCUUGCUGCUGAAAUUGUGGAAGUGAAAAAACAGCUGGCAGGGGCUAAAGCUCAUAAUGCGGCUGGUAAGCAGAGGCUUCGAUCAACAUAUGAACCAGCAUUUCAAAUGGAAUUCAAAGCGGAAAAAUGUUUUGUAAAUAUCAUGACGACCAACGCUGAUCACCGCUCCUUAUUCGAUUUGUGCCCAGAUGAUGAGGCUCUGCUCGGACUGAGAGAAGUGAACCGUGUCCUGAAGCAGCCUGCGAUCACCGAGCCAGCCUCACACAACACAGGGCUGGCAGAUAAAUGUCCAGAGGAUGACAGCAAGCGGGAGUCCAGCCUGACUCAAGAUGUGUCAGACAAGAUGGUCUGCACAGCCUGCAGAUGCCCCUUUAUUCAUCGUGAGGAACAGAUGGAGCACUACAAGCUCGACUGGCAUCGCUUCAACCUGAGACAAAAACUGUCAGGACUGCCGCCGGUCACUAUGGAGGAGUUUGAGAAGAAGACUGGAGCUGGAGAUGUGUCAAGUAUCUCAUGCUCAGAGUCCGAUUCAGAGGAAGAAAACUCAAAUAGCAACGGCGAGGGAACAAGCAGUAACAUCACCGGCACGGAUAACGAGAGCUCGUUUGAAACAAGUUGUCGGCUCUCCAGCAAAAUGGUUUUCCAGAACUCAGUGGGACAGUAUCUGUCAGUGUACCGCUGCAUACUGCAGGCGAAGUCAGAUGCUGAGCAGGAUGCAGGAUCCUCUCUGAUGGUCGUUAAUAAAGAGACUGUGUGGGUCAUUCUGAUGACUGGUGGAGGCCACUUUGCUGGUGCUGUAUUCAAAGGAAAAGACGUUCUUCAGCACAAGACUUUCCACAGAUACACGGUGCGAGCGAAGCGAGGCACUGCUCAAGGACUCCGAGACUCUCAGAACCGCAGCCACAUGCCGAAGUCCGCAGGAGCUGCUCUGAGGCGAUACAAUGAGGCAGCACUUGUCAAGGACAUUCAGGAUCUCCUGGUGACCUGGGCUGAACAUUUGAAGGAGGCGGCCGCAGUAUUUAUACGAGCGUCAAGCUACAACAAGACCAUCUUUUUUAGUGGUUUGGCAGCUCCCCUCGACAAAAAAGAUCCAAGGAUCCGCACGAUUCCCUUUCCCACACGAAGGGCGACUUUUCGAGAGGUAAAGAGGGUGCACGAGGUGCUUUCCACAGUUCAUGUUUAUGGGAAAGACACAGACAUGUCUGCAGUCUUCAGUCCAUCUAAGAAGGCAUGGAAAAAAAUGGUAAAACCGGUGCCACAAAAAAAGACUGAUCAGGAGCAAGCUGAAGAAAAUCGUGACAGCUCAGAUGAAGAAGAGGCAGGAGAGAUCCAGCUGGAGAUGGAAGAGCUGACAUUAGGAACCCUGGACCUCAGGGAGUAUGAAGUAUACCCCCCCAGGCACAGGAGGAGGAGGAGGAGAAAGAAGGAGGAAGCCAAAAUGCAAACUGAGGAAGCAGACAAUCAAGAAGAGGAGGUACCAGAGGCAAUGCCCACUGAAGACACCCAGCGAGCAACACAACCAAAGAGCAAGAGGAAGAAAAAAACACAGAGCAAGAAACAAGUUGAUGAAACCGUGGAUGAGUCAUGGGAGUAUGGCCUCAGGGAUGCCCUCUUUACGGCCUGCAAGGUUGGAGACAUGGAAACUCUAAGUAGACUCCUCGAGCCACUUGGAGAAACAACAAAGAGUGGAGAGCAGUCGGUGAGCAGCCCCUCCGAUGCACCGAGUCCUCGGACUCUCCUCAAUAAGCCCAUAGACUCGUCAGGGUUCACUUUGCUGCAUGUUGCAUCAGCGGCUGCACAGAAGGCAGUGGUCAGGCUGCUCCUCGAUGCAGGAGCUGACCCAGCCUGCAGGGAUAACAAAGGGCAGACUCCAUACAUUGUCGCCCCCGACAAAGACUCGAGGAAUGUCUUUCGCAAAUACAUGGGUGAAAAUCCUGAUAAAUACGACUACACCAAGGCACAGGUCCCAGGGCCACUGACGGCAGAGAUAGAAUCCAAAAUUACGGAGAAGAAAAAGGCUCAAAAGGCAAUGAAGAAACAGAAACAAAAAGAGCAGAAGGAGGAGAAUAGGAAACAAGAGGCAGAGGCAGAGGAGAAGAGGCGGUUUGCUUCUCUGCCUGACCGUGAAAAGAGAGCUCUGGCAGCAGAGAGAAGGUUAGCAGAGCAAGUAGCUGCAUCAGGAGUCGGCCUCUCUAACACCAAGAGGUGCUGGCUGUGUGGAGAGUCCCUGCUCGGGAAGACACCUUUCCAGUACCUAGAGUAUUCGUUCUGCACCCCUCGCUGUGUUCAAGCACAUCGAAAAGCAAAUGCUCCUCCAGGCAAGACUUAACACCAGUGUGGAAAUGUACAGUUGGAAGGAAACUACCUCAUGAAAUGUAAAAGUGAAUUUGUGCAGCUUUGUUUAGACUUUACCACAGUGCUAGUUUUCAUUUUCAACUCCCACAACACAUUUCAGAUAUUAUAACUAUGGACAAUGUUCGUGUAUAUGACAAUGUG